UUGAGUGCAGUGGCCGUGGAUUAUCGGGGACAGGGCUGGCGGUGGAGGGGUCUCCGGGCUGGUAAUGACUUGUAAUAGACGGUGAUAUACAGACAGGACAUGUGCCUAUUACCUCAGCACUAUGGACAGACCUGCCAGGAAUACAAAAUCUGUGGAUUAUUCCCAAUUUUUGGACUUAGAAGAUGAUGACGAGGAUUUUGCCUCUUCUGCACCUGUAAGUAAAAAAGCUCGAGUGGAGACAAAGAAAGAGAAAAAGGAAAAACCUGUGAAGAAAACUCCCAAAGAAGAGACCACGCAAACCAAUUCCCCAAAAAAGAGGCUUCCUUUGGAAGAUAAACUGUAUCGGCAGGAUUUGGAAGUUGCUUUGGCCCUGUCUGUGAAGGAGUCGUCUGUUAUUAUAGAGAACGAUGAGAAUAUUCAGAGAAAUGAAGCCCCAGAAGACAAUUACAGGUAUAUUACAGAUCCUGACGUGUCAGAAGUGUCUUUCUCAAACUGCAGUGUUGACAGCAGCACGCUAGGUCUAGAUGAGAUCAUAGAUGAUAAUGAAGACCUUGUUAGAGGAAGAUGUCGCAGGCAAGCAGCAUCUAAGGCCAUUUGUGAACAGAGGAAACUUCUGACAGAAGAAAGUGGUGAUGAAGAGGAGGCUGAUGAGUUUAAUCCAAAUACAAUAGGAGAUGGGGAUUCUGAGAGUGACACAAGUUUCAGCGGCGAAGAUGAAGAAUUUGAAGUAAAAAAAUCUAAGAAACCAUCAGCAAGUAAAACUGCUAAACAAAAGCCGAAGAGUGAAAAGAAGGAGAAAAAUGUCUCAAAGGCACAGAAAGCUGCACCUGCGCCUCAUACUCCAGUGAUUAUUAAAAUAAAGCCAAUGCCAGCAAAGAAGGCACCAGUCAGUUCACCUGCUGCUUCUAAGCCAGCUUUACACACCAGCCCUCCAGUGGGCAUGAACAGACCAGCAUGGACACCUCCAGCUUCAUCUGGAGCAUUGAAGAGUUCCUCUGGCCGCAGUAGCUGUAAGGUCUCCUAAUCAAGGUCUGCGCCUCGGCCUGUCAAGACUGGCGAGGGUGAAACCAUUACAUCCAGCUACUGCCCUGCAUUGAGCCCUCCUUAUGGACAUGCAGAAUAACUGCAGUAUACAGCAGUGUGGGGGCUAGUGAGCAAGGGCUGGAAGGUACCUGAUGCCCCUCAGUGGUCCUAGGUUAUGGACUCCUUUACCUGUCGUCACUUUGAUAAAUCCAGGCUUUUUAAUUUACUGCCAAAGACUAUACAUUUUCGGGAUGUUUUGUGAAAAUUUAAGCUUUUAUUAAAACAUUUGACGUCCCCUUCUAUAAAACUCCUCUGUCUUUAACGACAACCAAUGUGAUUGCAGCUUCUGCUGAGGUUGUCACCCAGCUUUCCUAGGGUACCGAAGGACAGAUCUACCUUGUUGUGCACUAGAAACGCAGGUGGAUGGCGUUACUCGAUGUCACCCAGUUUUCCCAAAAACUGAUUUGAGAAGCAGCUGCAAUGGAUUUUUAACAAUUAAUAAUGUGUAUUUCCUGGUGUUUUAUUCUGUUUCAGAUUAAUAAACAUGGCCGCUUUCUUCCAGAGACAGCAGCCAUCAGUCCACAGGUUGUGCCUGGUAUUUCAGCUCCAGCUGCAGUUCCACUUACAGCUCGUGCACGCUGUGGCGCUGUUUCUGUAAGAAAGUAUUCAUCUUUUUUAAAUUCCAUAAAGCCCCUUUAAAGACAGAUUAAAAUAUGGCUGUUUGUGCAUAGUUCCCUUCCCUCCUGUCCACUGGACUUAGUUUACAUCGUUCCCAUUGGGGGAUGCUCCUAAGGAUCCUUAAGAAAAAAAUUAUUUUAAAGGGCUUUUCCAAGACUUUUAUACUGAUGGCUUAUCCUCUGGAUAGGUCAGCGUUAUCUGAUCGGUGGGGGCCUGACACUCGGGACCCCUGCCUGACCAGCUGUUUGAUAAGUCACUGGCGCUCACUGUAGCGCCACAGCCUUUUCUUAGCUUAGUGACGUCACGCUCAUCGAUCACGUGGCCUAGGGGUGAAUGGGGCUGAGCUGCAAUACGAAGCACAGCCACUAUACAAUGUACGGCGCUGUGCUUGGUGAUCUGAGAUAAGGCAGCGGCGCCACUGUGAGUGCCAUUGCCUUCUGAAACAGCUGAUUGGCUUGGAACUCCACCAAUCAGAUACUGAUGACCUAUCCAGAGGACAGGUCAUCAGUAUACAAUUAUCAGAAACCCUUUUAAUCUAAAUGGUUCCGACAUUUCUGUGCAGAUUAAUUUCUUAAUAUAUCUUUAUACUGAGCACUGAUUUUCUGAUGCAGAGCUCCAAAUUCCCUACAUUUAAAGGGGUUUUCCAAGAUAUAUUUUUUUUUUUUAAUUGACUGGGCCUGCAGCCAAUCUCUGGUCUCACUGGUCAAGUGCCGUUUACGUACACAGAACCGCCGAGGCCAGCAAUUGGCACGUGACCACUUGUAGGCCCCACAGGGAUUGGCGUGGUUGGACAUUUAAAAGGUGAGUAAGCUUACUUUUUCUUUAUUUUAUACAGCCUCCUGCUGUCUGAAUAUUUUUAAAACUCUUGGAAAACCUGUCUGUCAGUCACCGCUAGAGGGAACAUACUGUAUAUACAUUGACCUCAAUAAUAAAACUGUAUGGAGAAAUCUCGUAAGCUCCCCCUGGUGGUGACUGUCAGAAUUUUAUCAUUUUAGUUUAGGUCUAUGCUGGGGAUUUUGAGCUUUUUAUCAGGAAAACAGAGCUCUGAUCGCUAUCAACAUGCAUUAGAAAAAGGAUCAGCACAGCUGUCAUUCACUUUCAGCCAUGUGGGAAGCAGCAGGGGAAGAACCUCUCUAAUCGGACGUACUUCAGUGCCAUCCCCUCCAUGUGUUGUGUUGUCUCUCCUUCCUGCAGUUGUAUGUCUACUCUAUGUAUACUGCUCACACCUUGUAUAGUAACCGCUCUGCUCUUUUAAUUGUGCAUUUGUGCCAUUUUUUUGUCCCCUCUCCAUUUAAAUGUGUAAUAUGGGAAUGAAUUCAUUGUAAAAUAGUCUGUCCAUAAUGGAAUAAAAGUGAAUAUUUUAUUAUU